AUGAUCGUCUACCGCUAUCUCAUCGUGGGUCUGGCAAUCCCCGCCCCAGCAGUCAGUCGGGCUACGAGUACCCAGCAGCCUCUCGACAAACCCGAAUGUGAUGGAUCAGGUCUGGUCGACCCCGAUGGGCAUGACCCCUGCAGCGGCGAUGGACUCAUUAAUGACCCUGGUCAUUCGGGCCACCGCGAGGGCUUCCAGUUCGAGAACCCUUCCACCCAUUGUCGCUUUGUAUCACAGAUGCACAUAUGGGAUGCCUUCAAGGACCUCGAGAAAGACAUGAGUAAACUAUUCACACUGAUCAACAAGGAUGUCAAAUUUACUGUGGUCGGCCAUCACCCUAUCGCUGGACGGUAUCAUGACCUGCUGCAUUUCUAUGUGAACGCCCUGCGUCGGGUGAGCGUGCUCUUCUAUGACCACGCCGACAAGUUCGAGAUCCACCCCAAGGCCAUUCACGGCGGGUGCAAUAGUGCUUGGUCGGUCGAGGAGAUUCAGUUCAAGGGGGUGAUGAACUCUGGUGAUCAAUUCGAUAUUGUCAAUGUAUGGGUGACUAGGUGGGAUCAUAACAAACAGAUGGUCGAAAUCCGCACGUAUAUUGAUGCACCACGCAUUACGGAGGCACUACACAAGAACGAGAUCUGGUGGAAUGGGACGAGCGAGCGAGAUAACCUGCAGUAUAUGCCUGGCCCGGCAGGGAUGCCGAAUCUCGAAGAGCUAGCGGAUCUCAUGGGCUACCCCGACGGACGUAGAUAUAAUGAAAAUGAGCUGAGAUGA